AUGGAUCAGGAUGAUACCAUAUUUAUCAUUACCACUGAAACUUUUCGUGACAUUAAAAGACAAUCAACUGUAUACUAUACCAUAAGGUCAAAAUACGGUAUUGUUAAACGGAGAUAUACUGACUUUUAUUCUCUUCGGAAAUGUUUAUGCAAGAUGUACCCCACCAAGCCAGUUCCACCUAUACCCGAGAAACACUCUUUCAAGAAACUCAUAUCCAAGCCUCUUAGCUACAAGAAUGACCCGGCAACGAUCAAUUUGAGGACACGUUUACUGGGCAGCUUUUUAAACAACCUGACCCAGGAAUUAGUGUUUCGUGAAAGUAUAAUGGUGAUUCGUUUCUUGGAUCCUGACGAACGCAACUGGGCUGAAGCUUUGAAGACGCCACCGUUUACCUCACUUCCUCAGUCAAUUUUUCUCUCUUCACCACGAAGUCCUCUGCAGCCCAACCCAUACCACUCUUAUUUUCCGAUACCACCUCUUAGCUUAGUUAAGAAUUUUGAUUCACCUUUGAACCAAGAAUUUCGUCCUUCAGAAUUGUUUUUUCGAAGAAUUCUGAAAUAUUUAACACAUCUACACAAACUUAACAAGCAUUUUGAAAACGAUCUCCAUAGAUAUAACAAACAAUUGGUUGGCCUUGGGGGCAGUUUGAAUAUUUUCUCGCUCAUUGAUACAACUAUCUCUAAAUCUAAUGGCACCACUUUGGAUGAAAACAACAGUAUUGAAGGAGUAGGUCAGAGUGUCGAUUCAUCAUUUAUCAAUCUUGAGAGGUUCAUAUUGCAUUUUGUGGCCAACUUCAAGGAGCCAAUAAUGGAACUGCGGUCGUUUUGUAUGGUGAUCAUAAAUCUUUUACAAUAUCGCAAAUUAAAAGAAUUGCAGCUGUGUUACCUAAAAAGAAUUAUUGUUAAAAAACAAACAAGGACGCAGCGUUUGCUUGAUAUUGAACGCUUAUCUCAAAAGUUGGAUAUUGCUUUACAACAAGGUGCCUCUCAAAGCCCAACGAUUGCCAAUGCUAUCAGAAACCUAGAAGCUCAACCAUCUGUUUAUCAAAGUGUUUAUUUUGAUCCAAAGAGUUACGCUGAUGACGAGGACAGUUCGGCUGAGGGUGUUAACAAUCUUGUAGCUAGUGAUAUCGUCGACGAUGAAGAUAAUUACAGCAUGAGCGACAAUAAUUCCAUCAAUUUGAACAGUUCAGCUCUCUUUCACGAGUACAAAGACCAAAGAGUCUGGAACAUGUUUUCAAAGGUCACAAAGAAUAUUCAAGCAAUGACUCCACUAGAAAGGAGCUUAGAAAUACAAGCUAACUGUCGUGAUUUGCAAAAGUUAGUCCAUUGUUUUCAGCUUUUGAAUGAUGAUGUCACAUUUGUAUCCAUAGAAAUUGAAAAAAGUACCCUGCGUGAACGGCAGUAUGUGAAAGAUAGGUUUCUCGAGCUGUUGGAGAACUUUAAAAUGAUUCUUUGCAUAUACAGUAGAAGUAAUCAGAUUGCUUGGGAGAACGGCAUUUAA